AUGGCGCGCACAAUAACAAUCGGACGCCUCUUGUUCAGCCAAACUUGGAAUUUUGUUCCCAAGUAUACAACGCGCUUUGGAUUUCAACUGCUCAAUAAACAGCGCAUGAGCUCAUCCGCCGCGGCUGUAGCAUCGGAGGCUGAAACCGCUGCUGCACAGCAGAAUUACAAAAUCGUCCAAGACAUUGGCAACUUUGACGAGAUUCAAGCCAACCGUCCAGACUUUGACCACUCUAGGCCAAUUGAGGUGACAAAGUCUCCAAACCCAAACUGGGAGUAUGGGCAAGGAGUGCCCGGCAAUGGAGCCAGCCUGGCCCAAAAGCACCAUGAAAUCGACCCUUAUGCCUCAGACCGACCGAUGAUCAAUAAUUACCGCCUUCUCGUCUCAGGAAUCGCGCCACGACCAGUGGGCUUCCUCAGCACUGUCAACUCCAAGGGAGAAAAGAAUCUGUCUCCGUUUAGUUACUUCCAAGUCAUCGACCACGAUCCCCCGAUGUUCAUUGUGGGAUUCUCGUCUCGGCCUGGUCGUGUCAAAGACACAUACCGCAAUCUGAAAGAGACCGGAGAAUGCGUCAUUAACACUGUUUCAGAAAACAUGAUCGAGGCCGUCAAUGCAAGCUCGAUUGAUGCGCCGUACGGCGUCUCGGAAUGGGAUGUUUCCGGUCUCCAUGAGGCGCCGUCAAGUACGGUCAAGCCGGCCCGUGUUGCGGAGUCUGUGUUCAACAUCGAAGGCAAGGUCAUCGAUAUCAAGGAAUUCACGGAUCAUCAAAAUCCAGGCAUGAGCAUUGCUGCUAAUGUCCUUAUCAAGGCUACUCGGUUCUGGGUGAAGGAAGGCACUGCGAAUGAGGAUUACAGUCAUAUUGACCUGGAAAAAUUGCGACCGGUUGGUCAACUUGGGGGUAUCUCUUAUGGUCGAAUUGUUUCGACUUUUGAGCAUCCACGCAAGAAGUGGGGUGACGAGGUGUCCAAGAGUGAGAUCUUAGCGAAACUUGAUGCUGAGAAGCCUGUCGAUAACUGA